AUGUCCAAAAACGCGUACUGUCACAUCUUGGUCACAUUCCCAUUUGGUGCUGCUGGUCACGUCGGUGCUCACCAACAAACUCGCUCAACAGCUAGCCUGUCGAGUCCCCCCUUCCCUUCAUCUCCUUUUCUCACUCUUAACAUGACACUGGAAAAGGAGUUCUCUCUCAUAGCAGAUUCCACUGCACCCUCGUCCCCCCGACCGAACGUCGACGCGCCGGAAGUCGUCAUCAAGAGGGCUGCUAGGACCUACGGGAGACGUCGAGAGCAGCCUCUCACUAAAGAUACCAACGGUUCUAUCGCACACCCGGAACCAACAUCCUCUACGCAUGAUAGUAUACACAAUACUGCGCCACCUGACCUGUCCGACUUGGUUCCUCCGACAUCGUCACCCCACCGGAUCGAGUCCGACGCCGACCAAUCCGACUCUGAUACCAUUGACGCCUCCAACAAUCGACUCAAGGACGCAUUUGGGUGGAAGGCGAAAUUGGCAGCCAUGGAUGAAGACGAAGAUGCUCCCGUCGCCCCUUCUAAAUAUGACCACGCGUCAAAACAAUCACUCUUCGGCAAUCCUUUGUUACUCAAUGGAAUCGACAGCUCAAAGGCAAGCUUCGGGAUGCCAACGGGCAACCAUAGAUCUCCGGCUACCCCUUCUGCAUCGGACGAUGUAUUUAGGGACCCUGUUUCAUCAGACCAGCCUUCAUCGCCGACGCAGGGCGAGACCUCGUUCCGCCUUUCAUCUCCUCAAGUUUCGGAACGUAUACGAAACCGCACGCGCAAGGUUGUUCGGGACUCAGAUUCGGAGGAAGAGCCACCCAAGGACUCGUCGUCUACCGUCGCGUCUACCUCAAGUCGACAUCUACUCGGAACACCUAAGUCGCGUUCACCAUCAACCCAACCAACAUCAGAAGAUGAUAUGCCGGCAAAAAUAUCCGCGAAACCACGGCAUAAGGGGAGCAGGAAAUCUACCAAUAAGCGUCUUAGCGUCACACCUCUAGCGCUCACAGAGGAACCGUCGAGUGAGGUGAAGGCAAUUGCUGGCACGAAGAACAAGACGACGAAGGUCAAGGCGCCGACGAAGAAAGACUUAGUAGAGACAGCGAAAGAAAGAGGCCGCCUAGCAGCUCAGUCUGCUGUAUCCAUACCUCGAGUUGAGAGGCAGCCCAAAUUUACGGUUGAAGCCUUAUUUGCCAAAGUCAAAGCGAAAACUGAAGCGUUGCCCUCCUCAGACCCCAUAGAACCUUUUUCAUCACCAGUCAAAGCACGUUGUGCCAGCCCAGAACGCGCUGCAACCUCCCACCUCCCUGACAUGCCAGCCCAAGAACAGCCAGCCGAAGCAGACCGUAGUGACAGUGACUCUGAUCUACCUGACAUUGGUGAAGUCCUCAAGUACGGUGUAGCAGAGAGCAAGAGGAAGAAACAACUUCAGGAAAUGAAGAAACGUGCACUGGAGGCUCAACUGAAGGCUGCGUCUACGGCGGCUGCAGAUGACGAGCUAGAAAUCGUUCGGGCAGACCCGAAGACAACGAUCAAGGAAGAGGUGGACCAUCGACGAUCUGGAAAGGGUCGGCGAGUUUCCGAAGGCCGCAAACGCCAAUUGCAACUGGCUCAUAUUAAUCCAACCAAGAUGUCCACCAAACCGAACGCUCUUUCUCCCGAAAAGAUCAAGAAAGAUUUUGUGACGGUCAUAACGCAGCAUAAAACGGUAGCAGGAUCACAAGCCCAUUUGAACCAGCUCCUAGCAGUCAAAGCUGAGGAGGAGGCACGUCGCCUGAAGCAAGCUAAGGAAGAGGAGUACAAAAGACAUGGAGGUCACAUUGCCACCAACCCUUUUGCUCAAACUCAAGGUCUGGCUAUAGCCUUUCAGGAGAUUGCUGAACGGGGUCUGCAAGCCGUCAAAACAAAAAAUGAUGACCAAAUGGUUGUUGAUGAUGGGGAAGAUGAAGAUGAGGACGAGGACUGGGAUCCAGCAUUGAGGGGAUCGGUAUCACCUGAGCCCAACGAAGAAGCGGAGGACGAAGCUGACGAGAAUAACGAGAACAUGACCUUUGACGAAGAUAUUACGAUGGUUGAUGAUGCCGACGCCGACGCCGACGAGGAGAACAGAAAGGUUCCUCAGCGCCGCCGAAAUAUCGUCGCUUCUGAUUCAGAGGAAGAAAACGACGAGAAUGCCCCCGCUCCUAUGAGAAGAACGGAGUACUGUCGGUCAACAUCUUCGUUCGAGCUGAUGACGGAAGACGACCAAGACAAGGAGAAUGACACGAGGGGCCUGCUUGACCACAGCGAGGACAAGGAGAACGCCGCAGUCCGGAGGCAGGCUUCGAUCUUCGACCUACAUAACAUGCGGAGCGGUCCUUCAUCACCAAAUACCACGCCCCGGGAUCGCAGUGCUCAUCGCAGGAGCGACUUGGGAGAGGGGUCGAGUGGUGAACGGAGGCCAUUCCAGGAACUCGUGUCGGAGGAGAGCCCUACGUCGACGCAAGUGCAAACGACCAACCUAACGCAAUCCUUUGCCGCCAAACUUCAACAGGAAUCUCCUCUGCCCAGCACCUUGGGCCCUCCAUCGAGCUUGAGGCCAUUGCUAGGAGAGACGAGCCUGAAGAGUAUCAGCGGGUUCUCCCAAUUCUCUAAUGCUGGCGAGGCAGACGGCUUCGCUCCUGCAUCACUCCAGCCAGGCUUUUCAGACUUGUUUGAAUCGAUGACGCAGAUACAGAGGUCGCCGUCGCGUAUGGACAAGGGUAAGAGCCGUCUUGACGGCGGUUCCUUCGAUAAGGUCUCUACUGGCGACAAUGACUUGAAACGGAACUUCCAGCGUACGGAUACGUUGGCGCUGACUCAGGAUCUGCAACCUGCGUUCCAGCCUAGUGGUGGUUUAUUGCGCAAGGCUGAUGCGAUCUUCGAGAAAGAGCAGGCGUUUGUUCUUGAGGCUCACACCAAGAAGCCCUCACGCCAGAAUACCGAAAUCUAUGUAAAUGAGCAUGGAUUCCUCACUCAGACGAGGCCAGCAGAUGGAAGCCCUGAGAUAUACCGUCGGCCCUCGCCUUUGCAAAGCUUGUAUGGGGGCUCUCUACGUGAACCUCUAAAGUCGCUCUCUCCUUCGCAAACGCAAACACGCGCUCCUCUUCGAACAAUCUCGUUGACCAGCCCCAGUCAAUUUGAUUCCCCGGAACGACCCCUCCGUCGAUUAAGAAAGCACGACACGACGCCAACUCGGGAUAGCAUUGUCUCUCCUUCUGGUUCUCCGUCAUCACGCAUGAAGCCGCCGAAACUCGAUGCCUUCCAGAUCUUGGCUCGUGCCCAAGCGAAGGCAAAGAAACAAGAGGAGGCAAAACUUAGAAUCGCCAACCUGGGAGAAUACCUUCAGGACGAGGCCGCGGAAUCGGAUGACGAUGAUAUGUUUGGGUUCGUCAAGCCUAAGGACGAUGACGAGGAGACUGGCGAGGAUCUGGACAAGACGCUGGAAAUCCUCAUGGAUGAUCGCGAGAUGGACGAGGACACUAUUGCCGCGGACCUCGUUCAGGAUAAAUACCAGGAGCAGGCCGAGCAGGAUGAUAAAGAGGUCGAAAACUUCCAUAUGGGUGUCAUCCAAGGUCGGUUGCGGAGUAAUAAACGUAACCGCGGAGUAGGGGUAGACGACAGCGACGAAGAUAGCGACGCCGAGGACAACGAUCGAGCUCGCAGAGCUAUGAAGAAGAUGAGGACUUCUGACCGCGGUGAUAUCAAGGACCUUGCGGCGAACGAGGCAACGCGUGCCUUCGCGGAUACCUACAACCAGAGUCUAAAGGACGAGGAUGGCGAGUUCGGCUACCUAAACCAGGAAUCCAAGCUCGCGGACGUCCUUUUGGGCAGAGAACCCGAAAGCCGAGAUGCUGAUGAGGAACAGGAGGAUGAAGCCGAGGACUCGCGAGGGCGCUUCAUCACCGCUCGCGAACGUGAUCAGCUCGUCCGAGAGACGAUGGACAGCGGGGAGGUCGUUGAACCGAUAGAAACAGAAGACGUUUCGUGGGUUGACCCAGAAAAUGACGAUAUCACGCGUAUCAAAACAGUGUCUCGCAAGCAGCGUCCUUCUGCGAGGGCAAACAACGCAAACUGGACGGAGAUGGAUGGUGCUAUGGGUCCUGCCUUCCGCAAGAGCGCCACCAAUGUGAAUGAGAGCCAUAGGCAGUGGUGGGCUCAGGAGAACAGAUUGCGGAACGCGGGUACUUCAAGAUCAGUUGGCGGCUCAGCCAUUACGGGACACGCGAAGGCGAAGUCGAAGACAGGGUCGACCGCCCCUGGGUUUAAAGGAGCUUUGGGCGGGGGGGCGUCUUCAUCAGCACCGACAAGUAGGCCUAUGAAGACAGCAGCGAGUAUGCUUUCGGUUAUUGCAGACAAGCGUAGCAAUUUUGCGUAA